GGAGCACGGCUGGCGUUACGCAGCUGUGAGGUUUCAGGGCUCUGUACAGCUUCACAGUGAAAUGACUUCUUACGAGCCAAAGGGGUGUAAAACAGCCGGGCAGGCUGCAUCGGGGUGGAGGGCUAAUAGGACGGGGGAGCAGGAGCUGCCUGUAUGUUAAUGCAGAAAGGCGGAGCAGCUCGUCAGAGCCAUGUGGGAAACGAGCUGAUCCUUGUUUACAAAGUGGCCGAGGCGAAAUGGACAUGCUUUGUGCUGAGCCACCUCAGGUGACUCUUUAAGACGUCUUUCAACUUUUCAGCUAUGAUAUGUAACAGAUAUUAAACGAAACUGUAACGUGACGUUCCUGAAAUAUUAAAGUGCUGAUGUUUUGUGAAUUAUGAACCCCCUCGUUACCAUAUGUAGUGAGUAAAAUGAAGCCCAUAGUCGGCUAUCAGAAACAAGUGGCUACGAGUUAGCCCUCAGUUAGCUUACUAACCCGUUACACGUCGCAUUACACACUACAGACGGAUGUAUGAAGCUCUCUCUAGCAGUAACGACUUAAAAGUAGCCAAACCAAACGCCACCUCAACUGUGUCGACAGCGAGAAGCACUAGUAAAACCUACAGCUAAAAACAAACCAUUGUCUCCGUUUUCUACCACAGCGUAGUAAAGCGCCUUUCCCUGUUAAACGACAAAAUGAAGUGUUUUUAAACGGGAGUCGCUGCGAUGUAGUCUUUACUGUCUAGUUGAGGCAGCAGAGUAGAGGCGGUUGGUGGGCGGGGCAGGAGGGCGGGGUUUGUUGCCUCCGUGCGGCGCGUGCUUCACUACCAUUCACUCGCUUCGACCAAUGAAUGAAAAGAGCUCGAUCAGAUUGGGCGGAUUGGCAGCUACGCCUUCCCCUACGGUCUCAGCGCCUCGUAGCAGUGUGUGAGUGAGUGUGUACGAGUGUGUGUAUUUUUUUCCUCCUUUUUUUUUUUGUAACCGUAGCUGGAUGUGUAGGACGUCACAUGUUGUUUUCCCCCCUCUUCCCUCCAGUCAGUAGGCGAUAUGUGUUAUUUACCGUUUGAGCGCUCGUGAGGCUGGAGCGGCGUUAAAAAGAGUCUCACAGUCUCACCGACUCGCAGCGCGUUUCUUCUGCCCGGCUCGUCUCGUCUCGUUCAGCUUCAUAACCGAACAAGGUACGAGCGUUCCCCGGGACGCGAGGAUGGCGAGUCCGCCUCCAGCCGACGGCGGCCAAGCGCUCUUGGACCCGAGCGUGAAGAAGUGCGGCUACCUGAGGAAGCAGAAGCACGGACACAAGCGCUUCUUCGUGCUGCGCGGGCCGGGCGAGGGCUGCGCGCCGCGCCUCGAGUAUUACGAGAGCGAGAAGAAGUGGAGGAACCGGGCGGCGGCGCGGCGCGUCGUGGCGCUCGACUCGUGCCUGAACAUCAACAAGCGCGCGGACGCCAAGCACAAGCACCUGAUCGCCCUCUACACCAAGGACGAGUACUUUGCCGUGGCGGCCGAGAACGAGCAGGAGCAGGAGAGCUGGUUCCGCGUGCUGGCCGAAGCAGUGAGCGAGGGGCGGGCGUGCGCUGGCGGCGCGCGCGCUCACUCUGCCUCGGCGCUCGUGGGUUUCGACGAGUCGAGCUACGGCGUAAUCGCGCAGGGCACGGGCGCCGGCGCCUAUCGGGAGGUGUGGCAGGUGAACGUGAAGCCGCGCGGGCUCGGCCAGAGCCGCAACCUGACCGGCGUGCACCGGCUGUGCCUGUCGAGCCGCGCGCUCAGCUUCGUCAAGCUAAACUCGGACGUUGCCGCUGUUAGCCUGCAACUGAUGAACGUGCGCCGCUGCGGACACUCGGACAGUUUCUUCUUCGUGGAGGUGGGGCGCUCGGCGGCCACGGGACCAGGCGAGCUGUGGAUGCAGGCAGACGACGCCGUGGUGGCGCAGAGCAUCCACGAGACCGUGCUCGAGGCAAUGCGCGCCAUGAAGGAGCUGUGCGAGUUCCGGCCACGCAGCAAAAGCCAGUCGUCGUCAACGUCGUCAGCAUCGGGGGGAAGCAACCCGGUCGCGGUGCCCACGAGGCGCCACCACCUGCAUAACGCGCCGCCAAGCCGCACGGGACUGCCGCGGCGCGCGCGCACCGAGAGCGCGGCUACCGCGGCGAGCAGAGGCGCCGCCUGUCGGGGGCGCACGGCCAGCGAGGGAGACGGGUCGACAACGACGACGACACGGUCAGGGUGUGGGAGUCCGGUCAGCCCUGGAGUGGACCGGACGCAGUUGAGCCGUUCCAACACCGUGACUGGCCGCCCAUGCAGGACACCUGAAUCCUCCUGCUCCUCCCUCCAGCACAGUAGGUCCAUGUGUCUGCCCGCCUCCCGCUCCCCUCCUUCAGCCACCAGCCCUGUGGUUGUGCCCUCUGGAAGUGCAAAUCUGGAGAGCAUCCCCCGGCCUGCGGCGUCCGUGUCCGGAUCACCCAGUGAUGCCGGCUUCAUUUCCUGUGAGGAGUGUAGCUCCAGCCCAGCGGAGCACCUGCGCCAUCUGCUUAUGACUCACCGCAGCAACACGCCUGAGUCCUUCACGAACACGCCACCUUCACAGGAUGGCAGUGACCUGUAUGGAUACAUGAUCAUGGAGAAACAGAGCUGCGGGAACCUUUUUCAGCGCUGCCAUGGGAUACUCACCCCUGAGGGCAUUGGGGACCUGGAGAAAGCCUAUAGGAAGAGGACAUACUCUCUCACCAUGCCUCACCAGAAGAGGGGGCCGUCACAAGUGUCUUCUGCCUCACUGGAUGAGUACACGCUCAUGAGGGCCACUUUCAUGAAUGGAGGGCAUUCGGGGCGCGGCUCGCACGCUGCUUCCCCAAAAAUCACGUACCCUGAGGAUUAUGGGGACAUUGAAAUCGGAUCCUUACAGAAAAGCUCCAGUGGCAACCUGGGGGACGAUGGCUACAUGCCAAUGGCCCCGCAGGGGUGCAGAACUGAAAACUACAUGCCCAUGAGCCCGAUGUGUGUUUCAGCACCAAAGCAAAUCAUCAAUCCCAGGACACACCCCCUCACAGUGGCCAAUGGCUCCAGGACCAGCUCGCCCAGCAGCUGUUCUUUGGACGACAGUGGCUAUAUGAGGAUGCUGUGCGGCUCCAGGUUCUCUGUGGAGAGCUCAGACGGAAAGCUGCCCAACAGUGAGUACCUUAACAUGUCACCGGUAGACCCCUGUGUUUCAGUCACUCCCCCAGAUUACUUUCUUACCACCGCAGGUGGCAUGGAGCAUCCCCCUCCUCUCAGACAGCCCUGCUCUUACAGCUCUCUGCCCCGCUGCUACAAGCCCCAGCAGAACUCCAAGAAUGGAGACAGUGAUCAGUACGUCCUUAUGAGCCUUCAGAGUCAGAAGAUAGAGGAGGAGCCGACAAAAACAGCUUCCAAAAAUGCUCCCUCUUCUCUGAGGCAAGGCAGGGCUGAUCUGCUCCACAGAUCCAGGAUGUGCCGACCCACACGCCUCCCCCUGGACUUGCUCCGCAUGCUGCCCAGCAUGAACGAACACCCCCUUCCCCCUGAGCCUAAAAGCCCUGGUGAGUACAUCAACAUAGAUUUUGGUACCCAGAAGCACUCCCCAUCCUCUGUAGAGAGCCCCGCCUCAUCCCUCAGCUCCUCUGGUGAGCAGAGGAGGUCCCCUCUUUCAGACUAUAUGAACAUUAACGUGAGCUCAGAGUCACCCAAAUCUGGUGAAGCCGUCCCGUUCAGCCCUGUAGAUGCUGUGCCAGAGCUGGCAGCCUGCCCCGCCCAACCUGAGGAGGAGGAGGGGGGAGUGGAGUGUUACCGCCUCACAGCACAGGUGGCACCCUCAUGCAAGGCUGGCACAGCCGCAACUAAAGACGAUCACACAGAAAUAACAUUUUGCGUGUCCGCCUCUCCUCCUCAGCCCACGCCUCAGCCCACUGAAUGUUCCCAAACCACCAGCCCAUCCUCCUGCGUGCAGAGGUUAAAUUUGGAUGAUGCUGUGGGUUUACCCCCUGUCGAGUCGUUCCUGCUGAGGGGUGCCCCCGCCGCGCCCGCACUGGAUCCAGACCGGGGUGCCAAAGUGAUCCGCGCGGAUCCCCAGGGGCGCAGGAGGCAUAGCUCAGAAACCUUCUCAUCCACCACUACCGUCACACCCGUUUUCCCCUCCUUCGCGCACGACACCCGGCGUCUUGGCUCGGCCUCCGUGGAGAACGUUUCUGCUCUGGCCAGGAAUGGCGAAUUCUCUGAAGACGAGUACGGCAGCCCCAUGUGCAGGGAGACAUCGGCGGGCUUCCAGAAUGGGCUCAACUACAUUGCCUUAAACCUGAUGGAUGAGGGGCUGGCCAGUUGCGAUGCUCUUGUCAGGUUCAAAGCUGCCAGCUGCUGCAAACGAGGCAUCAAUGCAAUACAUGCCAGUCCGUACGUCAGCCUUGGGUUCAAGGAGACUGCAACAGUGGUAAAAGACUAAACAGAGCCAGACUGCACGUCCGUGUCGUCCCCUCCAUUCAGACAGAUGGACAGCGCUCCUGCUGUUGCUUCGUAUCCCCUGACCUUUGAACCCCGGAUGCAUUCAAAUGGCCAUCAUCUUGGCAACGAGGACACUUGACCUCCGGCCCCUCCCGCCCGUUGUGUGCCCCACUGACCAGCUCCCUUCUAUCUGCUGCUCCGAAAAACUACAACUCCCACAAACACAAAGGCUGGACUCUACAUCUAUCUGGUUGUCACUCCAGAUGCCCCUCCUUAUGGACUUUGUAGUUUCUACUCUUCUCAUUUUAUUUCCCACUGGUUUUGUUAAGUGCUCUGGACUUUAAGAGAGGCCAGUGUCCCCUCACCCUAAAAAUCUGUGAACCAAACCUGGAGUGUAACAUCUGAACACAUACCUUCUUGCAUACGUACGCACACACAACCACACACACAGUCACACAUUUGUUGCACGUGGUACGUAUUUAUUUAUUUAUAUGUGUGCAGUAUAAUGCGUGUUUUGUGUGUGUGCGCGCGUGCCGUGUAUGGAUGCUUGCAGCACUGCACCAAGGUGGCAUUUCAUCAACAUCUUCAUAACAACCAACUGAAAGAACCAGUUGCUUGAAAAAAGAAACCCUACCUCAGAUUAAGCCAGGUUUUGACUUGCAUAUGAAAAAAUAUAUAUUGAAAAAAAAACUAUUUAUUUUCAGUACUGAAUGUUUUCGUAAGACAAAAAAAUGCCAAUCCAAAGCCUUACUGACUGUACUGUCAAACAGUGUUUUCUUUGAGGACAUUUGUUUAUGGACCUACACUUAUUCGCAGAGUAUCAAAGAUAGACCGCUUGCCAUGGAAACUGAACCUGAAUGUCUGUAAGUACAGUAGAGGUGUGGGGUUUUAGCCCACCGUGGACGACAGUGACCUUCCUCUGCAAUCAAAGAUUUCUUAUAUUAUUAUUAUUAUUAUUAUUAUUAUUAUUAUUAUUAUUUUAAGUAUUACACAGAUAUUUAAAGGGUUUUAAUAUAAUUCUAUUUAUCAGUGCUGGUAAAUGUCAGGAGGAGCAGCGCAACGCUGCCUUUCACAUGCACACAUAUGCAAAGCAGGCUUCCAGAGAAAGGAGUGUUAGCUUGGAACGAAGCCAGCCAGACAGAAACAGAUACCUGCAUCAUGCACACUCGAGACACGCUCAAACUGUGUGCACCUUAGUCUUUGAGAACACGACAUGGAGAAGCCUAGGCACACCUGCACCCACCACCUCUGAUUCUUGAUGUCCUGGAAGCCUCCACCGACUCUGCCCCACAUUUCAUUCACCACUAAUAUCCUCACUCUGAAACCGCAGCCUUCCUUUUGCCUUAGAUCAGCACAGUUGGCUGGAUGUUUUUUUUUUUGUUGUUUUUUUCAUUUUAUUUUAUUCAGCGUCUGCUCCACCGACGAGCCUCCAGCAGGACCUGAGCGGCUCUGAGGUGUUCUAGUGGAGCAGGCGGUUGAAUUGGAGUGACGCGUUUUCAGGGAACGUCUCCAGAGGCUUUAGACCAGACCAUCACUGCUGCUCCGUAGUGUCAGACGAGGACACAGUGUCAGUACCAAUGCUUUGUCUUGCACUUACAAACUCCUUAGAUUGUAAACACAAGACACGUUUGAAUGUAGAGCAUUCUGGCGCUCCCCCACGAGCAAAGCACGGACAAAGCGAAACAAAACCCCACCAAAACAAGACGGACACAAAACGAAGUAGACGAAACAAACAAGCAAACCGAAAAAACAUAGACGCACGACUCUUUUUAAGCAUACGGAAAUGCCUAAAAAUCUGUAAAUAAUGUACAUAGAGACGUAAAUAAAGAUAUGUGCAGUUGUGAUCUUGGAACAUUUUUAAGUUAAAGAUAAAUCUUUUAUGUUUUUUGUACAUAAGCAGUAUACAUUUGAAUGAAUUUCCCCAACCAGUUAAAGCACUAAUGAAGGUACUCACCAGACGCCGAACGUUUGGCCUGGAAGUUUUCUUUUUUCUAAUUUUUCUGUAGGUUUGUAAGAGUAUGCACACUGUACGAUAAAACGCCACUAAGGAAAUAUUUUCUAAUGCUGUAACAUUAAAUGAAAGAGAGAACAGAAGAUCUAAUUGAAUAAUACUUGAUACUAUGAGAGAAAAAAAUCUAGCUACAUAGGUACAAUUCACAAAUGGCAUAUGCAAUAUUUACAUUUUUAAAACAAAUUAGUUUACAGAAAGAAACCAAAUGUAUAAAUACUGUGUUCAUAAUGUUUGUUAAAACCUUUAAAAGGAUUUUUGCUGUACACAUUUUUUUCUGCCAACUUGAAAAAAAAAAACGAAGACUUUCUGUUUUUGCUAUUGGAUCUUAGCAGUGAUUUUCAGCAGUGUUCUUAUUCUGAUGAUCUGGUUGAUUUUUUUUCCUUGCUGUGUCUUCCAUUGUACAUAUUUCAUAUAUUGCGCAUUGUGAUGCUAUUAAGAGAUAAUUUAAACUUAGUGUAGUUAGCAUUGCUUUAGAAACUGUAAUGAUUCUGAAUAGCCACAUGCAAUAAAAAAGGUAACAUUAUUUAAGAAA